AUGCAGUCAAAAUUGGAACUACAAGAAACACUAGAGGAGAUGCAGGUGCUUGCAGCCAAUCCAGAAUUAUACCCAAUCUUAGCAGAACAAACACGUCCCAUAUCAUUAUUGUUAGGUUUAUUAGCUCAUGAAAAUACAGAUAUUAAUUUAUCUGUUAUUGAUCUGUUGCAUGAAUUACUUGAAUCUAGUUGUUUACAAGAAGCUGGAUUAGACAAAAUUAAUCAAUUUUUAGAAGUUUUGUUUUCUGGACAAUUGAUACAAUCACUUAUACAGAAUAUUUCACGUUUAGAUGAGACGAAGGAAGAUGAAGCUGACGGUGUGCAUAAAACACUCGAAAUUGUUGAAAGUUUACUAGAAAUUCGUCCGGAUAUGAAUGUGAUAGUGGCAAAUCAAGGUUUAUUUGCAUGGCUUCUACGACGUUUACAAAAACGUUCAGUAUUUGACAAAAAUAAAUUAUACGUUAGUGAGCUAUUAUCAAUCUCAUUACAAAUGGAUGAAGCUAAUCGUCUUCAAUUAGGUGAAGAUAGUAAUAAUAAGUGUUCCAUUGAUUUCUUAGUAUCUCAUUGCCAGUAUAACUAUUCUCCACUGAAACCAAAUAGAAGCUUAGAACGUUGUUAUUCAUUGGCACCUUUCCAUAGUGCAACUGUAAGUCAUGGGGAUGAUGUUGAACACAGUCGUUUGUUUUUUAUAAAUAGCUAUGCACUUUCUGCAGGUUGA